UCGCUAUCUUGACUGGAUUGAAGAAUUACCUUCCAUUUAGCUACUGAAUCCCAAGCUACAAAUAUUGCUACAUCAAUACGCACCCUCCACAAGUCUGUUGGACCAGAUUCUCUCGAUGGAUCUCCCAUACACCUUUUCGGGAUGGCAUCCCUCCAGCUGGUCUAUCGAGCUAUUUUAUUUGAAAUCCAGCGCCUGCGGAAAGUACUCCCAGACACACAUUAAUCAAUUGGUUAAGGAUUACUUGUCUUGCUUGCUCCACUACAAGUCAGCCCUCUCAUCCAGCUCCCCAGAUGUCUCCAGAAUGUUUUUACAGCGAGACGUGUUGCUCCGGUCACCGGACUGGUACUUGUCGGGAAUUCUCAACACUGGCGAUCGAUUCAUUCUUUCUAAUAAUGAAACGUUAGUAUCGAUCGUGUCAGCGCUCAACUACUUCAAAACUGUCUUUCAACCUUCGGGAGAUGUGCGGGAUAGUGUGUUUAUUGAUAAAUUAAACACGGAAUCGUACUGGCCCCGCGAUGAGGAAGUGUGCAAUUUGACACGCCACUUUCCUCAGUUGAGCUCUGUGUUGCCGAUUGACAACAUCCUAGAUAAGAUUGACACCAUGUUGGAAACCUUUGAGACGGAUGUGGAGAAAUUUUGCAGGAGCAUGGGAUGGGUAUUAAUGUUUGGUCAUGACUUUAAGCACCCGCCCUACCGAUUGCAACUGAACGCUGUGGACGAGAAUCUCUCCAGGAAACAGUUUGAGGCGGAAGCGGCGCUUGGGGGCACGAUUUCUCCCCUUGACGGUGGUUCGAAGUUCAAGCCCUCCCGGAAACGGCCAGUCUCCGACACCGAUUUUGAUGAGUAUCCAUAUACCAAAAGACUGCAGCUCUGCCCCGUAUAGCCGGGCUUGCGGCAUAACGCCUUUGCAGCCGGAUUCAAAGUUAUUCCUUAUGAAUAUUCCC